AUGGAUCAUAAUUUUCUCAGUGAUGCGAAGACCAUUCAAUUGCUUUUGUUGUUGUACUUUUCCAUUGCCAACCUUCUUAAUCUUGCUUAUGCUGAUCCACCCUACAGUUUUUGCUCAAAUACAUCUCCUUAUGUAGCUAAUAGUCCAUUUCAAAACAAUCUCAAGUCCCUCAUGUCUUAUCUUGCCUCAAAUGCUUCUGUGUCGAAUCAAUAUCAUGCCUAUGCUGGAAAUGACCCUGAUAUAGUCUAUGCUCAAUAUAUGUGCUACAACUACAUAACAAACGAAAGGUGCAGUGCCUGCAUUGAUGCAGCAUCACAAGAUAUCAUGCAACUCUGUCCAAACAAUAGAGAUGCAGCUGUAUGGGAGGAGCUGUGCCAGUUGCGCUUCUCGAAUCAAAAUUUCUUAGGCCUGCUUGAUUUCUUAGGUAACAUUCCUUUACCUAAUAGAAAGACGAUUGAAAAUCCGGAACAGUUUGUAUCAGCAAUGAACGAAAGUUUCAGUAACCUUACCGAGAAGGCUGCUUUUGAUCCUGCGCAGAAUAUGUAUGCUACGCGAAAAUUAGCCUUAUCGGAUAGAGAAACCCUUUAUGCUCUGGGGCAGUGCACUACAGAUUUGUCAUUUCACGAUUGUAACACUUGCCUUCAGGUUGCCAUACAAAAUAUUUCAACUUGCUGCUAUGUCAGUCGAGGGGCACGGCUUCUUAGCCGGAGUUGCUAUUUUUGGGAUGAGUUAUACGCAUUCUAUGACGGCGUAGCCGAACCGGAAACACGAAAGUAUGAGGAAAAAGGCCACCUUGCUUUCUUACAGGAACUGAUAAAAUCUAGAGGAUCGACAUUCGUAGAAGAUAAUAAGGUGAGUUCUAAGGAAUUACCUUGGAUGAUGGACCUGAGUGUUAUAAGAGCUGCGACAGAUAACUUCUCUGUUUCAAACAAGCUUGGACAGGGAGGAUUUGGCCCUGUUUACAAGGGGAUUCUAAGCGACGGAAGCGAAGUUGCAGUGAAGAGACUAUCAAGAAGUUCAGAGCAGGGCGUAAAAGAAUUCAAAAAUGAAGUUCUAUUAAUAAUGAAACUUCAGCACAAAAAUCUUGUCAGGCUGCUUGGUUUUUGUGUUGAAGAAGAGGAAAAGCUCCUCGUCUAUGAAUUCAUGCCUAACAGUAGCCUUGAUGUUUUUCUUUUUGAUCCUACGAAACGAGCAGCACUUGAUUGGAGCAGUAGAAUUGAUAUUAUAAAUGGAAUUGCAAAGGGAAUGCUUUAUCUUCACGAGGAUUCUAGGCUUAGAAUCAUCCAUCGAGACCUAAAAGCUUCUAAUGUAUUGUUAGACAAUGAGAUGAAUCCGAAGAUUUCUGACUUUGGAAUGGCAAGGAUUUUUUCAAGCAAUGAAGACGAAGCCAAUACUGCUCGAAUAGUAGGAACAUAUGGAUACAUGGCACCAGAAUAUGCAAUGGAGGGAUUAUAUUCAACCAAAUCUGAUGUUUUUAGUUUUGGAGUUCUCUUGCUUGAGAUCAUAAGCGGGAGAAAGAAAGCUGUAUACCACCAAUCAAAAUGUGCUCCUAGCCUCCUUGCAUAUGCUUGGCAAUUAUGGAACGAAGGAAAUAAAGCAGAGUUGAUUGAUCCAAUGUUGUCUGAUUCAUGCAAUGCAGACGAAUUCUCACGUUACAUGCACAUUGGUUUAUUAUGUGUUCAAGAAGAUGCUAACGACAGACCUACCAUGUCAUCUGUUGUCUUAAUGCUGAAAAGCCAAAAUUCAUUUCUUCCCCAACCUGAGCGGCCGGCUUUUGUGGGAAGAUUCAUGGACAACCUGGAGGCAGCUGCUAGCAAUUUCUCUGUCAAUGAAAUGACACUUUCUGAUGUUGCACUCAAUAGACAGGAAAUGGCUUAUAGUUUUCCCAGUUUUGAAAAAACAAUUCAAUUUCUUUGGCUUUGUUUUUUCAUUAGCGACCUUCUCGAUCAUGCUCGUGCCGAUCCUCCUUACAGUGUUUGCUCAAACAAUUCUAACUAUUCAGCCAAUAGUACAUUCCAAAACAAUCUCCAGAUCCUCAUGUCCUCCAUUCGUUCAAAUGCAUCAGUUUCGAAACUUUACAAUACCUCUACUGGAAAUAACCUUGACAGAAUCUAUGCUCAAUAUAUGUGCAUCAACUAUAUAACACAUGAUAGCUGCAGUACUUGCAUAACGGCAGCAUCACAAGAUAUCAUUCAGGUUUGUCCAGGAGAUAAGAAAGCAGUUUUAUGGGAGGAGCUAUGUCAAUUGCGCUACUCGAAUCAAAGUUUCUUAGGCCACUUGGAUGUCUCAGGAAACAUUGCCCUAGAUAACAAAAAAGAUGUUGAGAAUCCAGAGCAGUUCAGAUUGGUGGUCAAUGAAACUUUGAGUGACCUUACCAAGCAGGUAGCUUUUAAUGCUUCAGCAAAUAUGUACGCUACUAGACAAGCAGCCUUCACCAAUACAGAAACAUUGUAUGCCUUGGUGCAAUGCUCCACAGACUUAUCUCCAUAUGAUUGUAACACGUGCCUUCGGGUUGCCAUGGAAAAUAUUUCCAGUUGCUGUGAUGCUUCUCGUGGAGGGCGGGUUCUUAGCCGCAGUUGCUACUUAAGGUAUGAGUUAUAUGCUUUCUAUGAAGGUGCAAACGAAUCUUCAAAAAGUCCUGUUCCAGGAAAAAGCAACCGAAGAAAAACGUGGAUUAUUAUCAUCCUGACGGUUGCAGCAGCACUUCUCGUGGUGGUCAUCUUAGGCUCCCUUAUAUACUAUCACGCGAUGAGAAAUGGAAUUAAAAAAUGGAAAAAACAAAAUACAAGAAUAGAUAGAAAUUCUAAUGAGAUCGGUCACCCAAACGACAAUGAUUUCCAGCUCCAAAAUUUUCAGAGAGAUGGCCUUAAUGAUGAGGAAUCUGCAUUUAUGGAUUUGGCAUCUAUAUAUGCAGCUACUGGUAACUUCUCUGACUCAAAUUUGCUUGGACAAGGUGGUUUUGGCCCAGUUUAUAAGGGAAAACUGAGUGAUGGAAAAGAAGUUGCAGUGAAGAGACUUUCAGCUUGGUCUGAGCAAGGCACAGAUGAGUUUAUCAAUGAAGUUAUGCUAAUCAUGAAACUCCAGCACAAAAAUCUUGUCAAGCUUCUCGGCCUUUGUGUUGAUGGAGAUGAAAAACUUCUGGUCUAUGAAUUCAUGCCUAACAGAAGCCUAGAUGUUUUCCUCUUUGAUGAAAUGGAACGUGCACGGCUCAAUUGGCGAACACGAAUUGGUAUUGUAAAUGGAAUUGCAAAGGGCAUUCUUUAUCUCCAUGAGGAUUCUAGGCAUAGAAUUAUUCAUCGAGACCUGAAAGCUAGCAAUGUGUUGUUGGACAAGGAUAUGAACCCAAAAAUUUCUGACUUUGGAAUGGCAAGGAUGUUUGCAGGCAGUGAAGGCGAAGCCAGUACUGCUAGGAUAGUUGGAACAUAUGGAUACAUGGCACCAGAGUAUGCAAUGGAAGGAUUAUACUCCACCAAGUCUGAUGUUUUUAGUUUUGGAGUUCUUCUGCUUGAGAUCAUAACUGGAAAAAAUAAUUCUGAAUUCCGCAAAUCGAAACGUGCUCCGAGCCUCCAAGCUUACGCAUGGCAAUUAUGGAACGAAGGAAAAGAAUUAGAGUUGAUAGAUGCACUGAUGGCUGAUUCAUGCUGUUCGGAUGAAUUUUCGCGAUUCAUGCAUAUCGGUUUAUUGUGCGUUCAAGAAGAUCCUUGUGAGAGGCCUCCCAUGUCAUCGGUAGUUUCAAUGCUGAAAAGGGAAAGUUCAAUUCUUACCCAACCUGAUCGGCCAGCAUUUUCUGUGGGGAGAUACGCCGACUACGAGGUUAAUGCUAGCAACUGUCCUAUCAAUGCUUUAACAAUUUCAAGUAUUUCGCCCCGUUGAUGAAGCUGAUCACUGUAGUCCUUCAUUGUACAUUGUGGGGCUGGGUUAUUUCCAUGUUUUUUUUCUUGGUGAUAAAGAGGGGCAGAGCCGGUUUAUGUUGAAUGGAGAAUUGUAUAAAAU